AUCACAUGUGCCUUGGUCUUCUAACCUGAGGGAUCUUUUGCGUCUUUCACACCAAGAAACAUUGAAAAUCCAAAUUUAGAAGUAAAUCUUCGCUUGAUUCCAUCGUACUGGUUCAGUAGUAGUAUUUCAUUUUCCCAAGGUGAAGCGUGAAGCAGCUGCGACAAGAACCAUGGCGACGCCGGGAAAUCUCUACGUGACCAUGCAACCAAAGCCGGGGCUACCGCUUGAGCAAUUUCAUGAAUGGUAUAACAAUGAGCACGGCCCAACCCGACUGAAACUUCCGCAAAUCUUCACCAACGGUCUUAGAUACCAGGCCAAGGACGGCGAGGAGCCAACCUUUCUAGCGACUUACGACGUCACGUCUAUGCCCCUCUUAGAGACCGAGGCAUACACUACUCUUCGAGCUAAUAGGUCUGCGCGCGAGGCUGAGACCAUUGGCCAAGUCGACGUGACGCGAUACUUCUGGGAUCUAGUUCAUACCAAGCAAUCACCGUUAUUCAUACCCAUUGAGCAGUUGACCGACGAGGAAGCAGAGGGCAUCCAUUUAGUGGCCGUUCAGCUGAAGCCUCACGACGUGGACAAUGCGGAAGAACGGAUCAUAAGCUGGUACAAAGAAGACCAUAUGGAGAUGCUCUCCAAAGUACCCGGCUGGCUGCGAUCGCGGGUCUUCAGGAUCUCGAGUUUAGAGAAAGGAGAGCCGACCAAGUUCAUAGGCCUGCACGAAUAUACAAAAGACAAUGGACUCGGAGGCCCGGAGUAUGAGGCAGCCAUACAGACGCCCCGAACUAAGGAGGUCUACGCAAAGUAUGCCACCAGGAUCUCGCGGAGAGAGUACUCUCUCUUCUAUGUCUUUGGCGCAGGAUCCCGUGACCUGCAAAACCUAUCCAAACUCCCACCAUCCAAAUCUACCUUCAAAUCACCAGACGGUCGGACUUUCACUACGAAUGACCCUUCACCCGUGAUCGAGUCAUUCAUCCAGACUCCCGAUGGCCUCACCAUUCCCUACAGAUUAGAAGGAAGCCCCGAUCCGAAGGCACCAACAGUCGCAUUCUGCAACUCGCUGCUCACGUCUCUGCGCAUGUGGGAUCGAUUCAUCGAGAUUUUCAAGGCCAAGCGGCCACAAUACCGCAUUCUGCGGUACGACUUCCGCGGACGACACUCAAUACCGUCUCCGCCACAGCCGUCGACGUUAGACAUCCUAGCCGACGACAUCAGCGCCCUAUUAGCCGCACUCCGGAUACCCAAGCUAGACACUCUCAUCGGCGUCUCCAUGGGCGGCGCCACGACCCUAAAAUUCGCCCUCAAAUACCCCGAGAAGCUAGGUAAAUUCAUCGCCUGCGACUUCAACGCCGCCUCCAGCCCCGCCAACACGACCGCCUGGAAGGAGCGCAUCAGCAUCGCCGAGACGCCCCUCGAGGACGGCUCCGCGGGCAUCAAGAAGCUCGCCGGGCAGACAGUGGAGCGUUGGUUCCACCCCGCCACGAUGCAGAAGCAGGACACGGUGGCGUGGAUCCAGGACAUGGUUGCCGAGAACGAUAUCGAAGGCUUCCGGUACGGGUGCCAGGCGCUCUGGGACUACGACAUGAAGGCGCAGAUGAAAGAUUGCGCUGUCCCUGGGUUAUUCGUGGUCGGCGAGGGCGAUGCGAAGGGCGCUUUGGUCAAGGCUAUGGAUGGCUUCAGGGGACAGCUGGGACAGCAGGGUGCGGAGCUGGCUAUUGUGCCUCAGGCCGGCCAUUUGCCUAUGUGUGAAGAUCCCGAGGCCUUCUGGGCUGCGAUUGAGGGCUCUUUGUGAGAUCGUGUUUAUGGCAUAGAGUAAAACGAAUGCUAUGAGUAUCGAUAAUCUGUCUCCUAUAUCUGAACCUAAUAUAAAGCAGUACCAACGUGUCUUGCUGUCCAACUCUAUGACGCACGGGUAAAAUUGAGAUAUUUAGAAUACAGCAGAUCAAAUCAAGCAUGGAAUGCCAUCUUUCUAUGCAAUUAAGCACGCUUGUGUAAGAGCGGAUGCCAACAUCAUCACUCUUUUCCUAUUAUCUUGUUUAUAAGCAGCGCAGUUGCCCUCACUCAGAGGUAAGCAACCUAGACUACUACACUAGCCCUCAUGCUGGUUCCCUACAAUAUCGGAUUUUAGUCUUAUGACUUUUAUUAUACCCAGAGUUGGCGUUUGUGAUACCUUCAUCACGAUUGUUUCGAAGUAGGUUACUUGUCACAAAUUUUGUCUACCCCCUUGUAUCGUAGCAUAAGAUAUCCCUUAUGUGACAAAGAGGGCGCUUUGUAAAUAGUAUAUUAGCG